UUUUCAGUGAUGGACUGCAAGGUUAUUCUGGAUGGCCUGCAGAGAUAUGGCCCCACGCCAAUGUAUCUACCGGUCAGCUACCAGAUCCUCAAUGCUGAGUCAGCAUUCUUCUUACUGGAGGCAAACCAGGACAUAAUGAGGAACUCCAGCCUCCAAGCUCGAACAGAGUCCUUCUUUAUCCAUCAAGCUCGGCAGAUGCCCUUUGUCAAUGCUAGCUACGGGCCACUCUCUGUCCAGCAACCUGUUCCUCUGGAGAUGCUACAAAUACUGCCAGGCCCAUUUAAUGCACCAUCCCUCACUUUAUCAACAGCGCCAACAUCGGCAACCUCUUCGCCUCUGUUUACGUUCAACUGGAAGGUGCACACAUACAUCAUCAGUGAGCAGAUUCAUCCCAGUUGGCCAAAGGUUCAAGUGUUGUUCUACAUUGCAGGGAGGGACUGGGAUGAUUACAGCACCGUCCACAAGUUACCUUGCGUCCGGAUGUUUGCUUUUCAUGAGACCCAAGAGGUGCGAGGUACUUGUAGACUAAAAGGUGAGCUAGGGAUUUGUGUUGCUGAGCUGGAACCUCUGGCCAGCUGGUUCAGCCCUCCAACUGUGAGGCCCGGCAGGCAGCGGGUCUCAGAGCAGGCUCAGGGUACUCCUGUGGAGCUCUACUACAUAAUUCAAACCACGGACAGUGGAGACUGCAGCUCAGAGGACUCCAGAAAGGGCAGCCCGGUUCACCCUGAACAGCAGAGGCCUUUGGGCUACUUUGCAGGGCAUACACCUAUGCAGCGCAUUGGGAGCGUCAGACUGUUGCAGCCAUUAUCUGAGCUGAAGUUGGACAAUAACUUUGUGGUGAUGGCCCCCUCUAAACCCAUAAGACAGAGAGAGACGGUCUCCACUUUUCUGGCCUUGUCCACACUUUCAUCAGUGCAAAUUUUCACCCUCAGAGUCAAAAUGAAGGAUGGCGUUGUGUUUCUGGGAGCUCGAGCCAGUAACCCAGUUAUGUGGACAGUCAGUCAGGAUGUCAGAAGUGAGGGUCAUAGAGUUGUUACACUACACUGUCAUAGGAAGGAGAACAGCUUCAAUCAAAGAGUUGAAGCAGUGGGCUACCAGCGGGUCCUGCAGGUAGAUCUGGAGGUGAACGGCUUGAUGGUGACUCAGGGGAGCAGGGAGGUGACAUGGCAGGUGGAAUAUCCACUCACCCGCACAGUGACCAGUGAGGUGCAGACCCUCAUCCGUCUAGCAUCGCAGGACCUAGGCGGGAUUGUGCCACUGGCCAUGGACACUGAGAUCCUGAACACGGCUGUCCUCAAUGGGCGCACAGUUGCUGUUCCUGUUAAGGUGGUCACUGUAGGGACAGAUGGUGCUGUGUCAGAUGUUACGGAGUCAGUGGAGUGCAAAUCAACAGACGAACAGGUUAUCAAGGUAUCUGAGCGCUGUGAUUAUGUGUUUGUCAAUGGAAAAGAGACAAGAGGAAAGAAAAGGGUGACACUCAACUUCACCUACAGUUUUUUGAGCGCACAGCUGGAGAUGAGUGUAUGGAUCCCCCGCCUACCGUUGAUCAUAGAUGUAUCUGACCCCGAACUCAGUCAGAUAAAGGGCUGGAGAGUUCCUGUUAGUGCUGGCAACAGGAGAUAUGAGAGAGUCACCGAUGACAACGAUGGUGCCUAUGGACAAGAAGAGAGGACAGAGAAUGCUUGUGUAGCCCAGUACCAGAGCACCUCUCUGCAUGUCCUCACACAGUUUGUUACAGAUGCAGGGGAAUUUAAAGGAGCCAUGGAAGAGGGCAGACUGGGUCAGCAAAACUUCCUGCUGGGUACAGACUGGCAUGUGGAUGUCACGCAGCUUGUCAAGGAGUCUCUAAGGGUGCAGGACCCGAUGAUUGCCAAGCUCCUGGAUCAAGUGCUAAUUGGACUGAGUUCUGGAACCACCAAACUGCAGGUUUUGUCCCCUCUGACGUCAUCAGUCCUGGCGGAGAGGAGCAUCAGGGUGGUGGAUGACAAAGUGAGUGUGACAGAGCUUGGGGUGCAGUUGGUUUCUGGACUCUCUUUGUCCCUGCAACUGAGCCCUGGAAGCAACAGAGCAAUUGUUGCUACUGCAAGCACACAGGAAAUCAUAGAAUCACCGACGCAGGAAUCCCUCAUCAGUGCCUGGCUUCAGUUCAGUGAUGGAUCUAUGACUCCUCUGGACAACUACAACCCUGCCCAUUUUAUCCUGGCAGCCACAUCUCUGGAUGAACAGGUGGUAGUUGUGCAGCAGAGUGCAAAGUGGAAGUGGCCUCUCAUUUCUGCCAAGGGGGAAGGCCAAGGUUUGCUUGUGCGUGUUGAGAUGAGUCCAUCAGAAAUGUGCCAGAAAUCCAAACGACGCUCUGCUUUAGCCACAGGAAUGGUGAAUGUACAGGUAAGGUUUGGCCAGUCAGAGGAGCAGUACAGGCAGCCAGGAGACAAAAGGACACUUCCAGAUCCUCCAUAUUACGGUGGCUCUAUCUCUGACAUGGACACUGGGUUAAUAAACCGUGCAGCCACGACCAUUAGAGGCCAAAUUCCAGUGAGACCUAAUGGGGGUCGCUUAUCGUCAGACAGUGGGAACAGAAACUUAAAUGACUUUUCUGAAUACCCAGAGCUUCCUCGGAGUCGUAGUACCGAUGAUGACUUAUUGCCAUCACGACGUGGCCUGACAGACCUGGAGAUUGGCAUGUAUGCACUGCUGGGAGUCUUCUGCUUGGCCAUCCUUGUUUUUCUCAUCAAUUGCAUCUCUUAUACAUAUAAGUACCGAAGUAAACACCUAUCUUUAGAGGCCACAGAGACUAUGCCCCAUGCCCAUGACUGGGUUUGGCUUGGUCAAGAGGAGGGGCUUUGUCUGCAGCAACAGCAUGAAGAAUUGACUGGUACCUUGGAGGAAGGUAGUCAGCUUUUAAAUGGAGGUAUCCAACGCACUAUUAUGGAUGGUGGCGGAAGUAGCUCAAGUGGAAGAGAUCUGAGGAAUGAAUCACUUAACUCACCGACCACCAAGAGGAAGAGAGUGAAGUUCUCCACUUUCUCUAAUGUAAAGUCUAGCAACGGAUGUCCAGUGCUUAGCCCACUGCCACUGGUGCAGACCAGUGAUAUAAAAUGGGUUUGUCCAGACAUUGAGCUUGGGGACUCAAAGGAUCUUAGGAACUACAUGGAAAAGCUUAAUGAGAAUGCAAUUAAGAACACAGCAUAAGAGGUUCUGGGUGUUUCCGUUGAACUAAAAGAGAAACUCACCUGAAUGCCUUCAUCAUACGGAGGGAGAGAAUGGAAAAAUAUAUAUGACAGAGUGAAAACCAAUCUGAUGGCUGUAGUUUAACUGAAGACCUCACCUUGAAAACUGAGUCAAUGACUCUCUUACUUUUGAUUCUAUAACAGUUCUCAGACAUGGUCAAGCAACAAUUUCCAAGACUUGAAUUUCCACAAAACAGCAUAGCUAAAAGGUUCAAACGUGAAAAUUGUAUUGUUGCUUAAAUGUAUGUUUUUUGUCUUCUACUAAGCUCAAUAUUCCUCUUUUGAUUUUACUUCUCGUUUUUCUUUAAAUCAUGUUUUACUGUUCUAAAUGUGGUAAUAUUAUUUCAAAAUAUAUUUUUCUCUUAUUUUCUAAAGUUAUUGUCGGUCCUUUGCUAUGAGUUGACAAUAGAGCCUAUGAAUCAACAAUCUGAAGCAUUUUGUACUGUAUAUAAAUGCAGAGUUUGACUUAGAGUUACUAUAUGUAUGGUAACAUUUUGUAAAGUGCUGUUUGAUUUGGUUUUAGUUUUGUUUAGUCUCCAAAAGUCAGAUCCAUGCAUGAUGUUAUUUAUGAGGAGCCAUGUGUGUCUGAUCUGAAAAUAUGUAGAUAACUAAUACUGUUACACUUGGAGACAAUUUAGUACUGUAUUAUUAAAUUCCUUUAUCAUGGUUAA